AUGGAAUUUCCAGUGAGCAACAUAACAGUGCUGGCAAACGAGCCACUGGGGAAAAGGGCAGAUCGCAUCAACGUGUCUUACAUAGCACCACAGAGGAUUGCUCUCAAACUUAGGCCAGGAACGCAGGUAACUUUUCAGGUAAAAGUACAACAACCAGAAGACCAUCCUGUAGAUAUGUAUUACCUUAUGGAUCUGUCAGCUUCAAUGUUCGAUGAUCUGAAGACGAUCACACACCUUGGAUCCACUCUUUCUAGUGCAAUGGCUAAUCUCACUAGUAAAUUUAGACUGGGAUUUGGUUCGUUCGUAGAAAAACCUGUUUUGCCUUUUAUUAAAGUUACUCCAGAAGAGCUGAGCAAUCCCUGCAGGAGUGUGGAGUUUGAGUGUCAACCCACGUUCGGAUAUAGACACAUCCUAUCAUUAACAAGCAGCACUGAUAAAUUCAAUGAGAUUAUCUCAGAACAGCAGGUCUCAGGAAACACUGACAAUCCAGAGUGCGGUUUUGAUGCCAUCAUGCAGGUAGCAGUGUGUGGGGAUAAGAUUGGGUGGCGGAGCGACUCUAUGCGUUUGUUGGUGUUUGCCAGUGAUGAUGACUCUCACUUUGGGAUGGACAGCAAAAUGUCAGGGAUUGUCAUUCCUAACGAUGGCCAGUGCCACCUGGACAGCAACAAUGAGUACUCCAUGGCAGGCAAGUUGGAAUACCCCACUUUAGGGCAACUUGUGGACAAGCUGGUGGAAAACAACAUUCUCCUCAUAUUUGCAGUGACAGCCAAUCAGAAAGAUACAUAUAAGAACUAUGCGAAUUUAAUUCCUGGUGCUACAGUGGGCGUGCUGGAGACUGAUUCCCGAAAUAUUCUUAAAUUGAUCCUGACUGCUUAUGAGGAGCUGAGGUCCGAGAUUGAGCUGGAGGUUCUAGGAAACUCUAAAAAUCUUCAGAUUUCUGUCACAGCUCUUUGUCAGGAUGGGACCGUCCACGCUGGGUACAAGCGCUGCACCAAUGUUAAAAUUGGAGACGUUGUAGCCUUUAAUGUGACAGUUCAGAUGGCUGGCUGUCCGGAUGGACCACACCGCUUCUCCUUGCGUUCUGCGGGUUUUCAGGACACUUUAGAGGUGGAGCUUGAGUCAUUGUGUGAGUGUGAUUGUCAGCAGAGCGUUGAGCUUAACAGCCCACAUUGCAGUGAUGGACAAGGAGAUCUGGAGUGUGGCUCCUGUAUGUGCCACCUGGGGAUCGUGGGUCCCAGGUGUGAGUGCAUUGAGGGCAAAGAUCAAAUCAGUGACUGCAGGGCAGAGGAAGGUUCGGAGGUGUGCAGUGGGCAGGGCGAGUGCUUUUGUGGGCAGUGCCACUGUCACCUGUCCAGUUUUGGCCGUGUGUAUGGAAAAUACUGCGAAUGUGAUGAUUUCUCCUGCCCCAGGUUUAGAGGGAAACUGUGUUCAGGUAAUGGAGAGUGUGACUGUGGUGAGUGUUUGUGUAACAACGGCUGGAUGGGCGAGUAUUGCAACUGCAGCACUAGCACACACGCGUGUAUAUCUGCAAAUGGCUCAGUCUGCAGUGGGCGUGGAAAGUGUGUGUGUGGAAAAUGCGAGUGUACCGACCCUGGAGCUUCAGGUGAAAGGUGUGAGAAAUGUCCUACCUGUGGAGACGCCUGUAGUUCAAUCAGGUCUUGUGUGGAGUGCUAUCUUAAAACUGCUGAGCCCUCAGAAGAGUGUGUCCAAAAGUGUAACACUGUUCAUACUACUGUCAGCAACUCUACAGACUUUGAGGAAAGUCGUGCAAUGUUGUGUAUUCUUCAGAGUGAUAAUGAAUGUCUUCUCUCCUUCUCUCUGAUGGGUGGUGAUAAGGGUAACACUGUGUACAAGCUCAGACUUGAAGACUGUCCCAAACCCCUAAACAUUGCAAUGAUUGCUGUGGGUGUUUGUAUGUUUGUACUUAUGAUUGGCAUUGCGCUCUUGGUAGUUUGGAAGCUUUUUGUUUAUGUCCACGACAAAAAGGAAGUUGCCAAGUUUGAAGCAGAGAGAGCUAAAGCGAAGUGGCAAUCAGGCACAAACCCUCUUUUCAGGAGUUCAACCUCAACAUUUAAAAAUGUGGCAUACAAACAUACAGGUAGACAAAAAGAUGGCAUUUGUUAA